CGUGUGUCUGGAGCAGAGAGAGGCAGAGAGAGGAGCGAGGACGCACAGAGGAGCUGACGGAGCAUUAAUGACAUACUGGCCGGCUAGAGUUACAGGGAUGCAGUUUUAGCCACAAUCCUCCGCUGUAUCAAGACAAGAAUCUGUGGACUUUUUACGCGCCACAAUCUGGGACAGUUUCACCCCUUGAAAGAAACUUUAGUGGAUUAAUUUGUUCUUAAAAUGGGCUUGGAACGAUUUCGCGUGAAGACGCCGGGGAUAGCAGAGCUUCUCUCCCGCUCACUCCUUUGUAUGCUCGGACUAUUACUCUCUUUUUCUCAGCCUGUCUGUGAGGCGUUCAACUUGGACGUGGAGAACCCAGCUGUUUACAGCGGACCUGAAGGGAGCUACUUCGGAUAUGCAGUUGACUUUUAUUUGGCGAAUUCUGCCAGUGCAAGCGUGGUAAUAGGAGCGCCCAGGGCCAACACACGGCAGGUAAACGUCACAGAAGGAGGAGCUGUCUUCUACUGCCCAUGGAGCCUCAGCCAGUCAGACUGCCAUGUAAUCGAGUUUGAUUCUGAAGGGGAUCGCACCGUCAUGCUCAAUGAGACAGAACACCAGAUCGACUUCAAAUCCCACCAAUGGUUCGGUGCCACUGUUCGAUCCCACGGUGACACAAUACUGGCUUGCGCCCCUCUCUACUCUUGGAGGACUGAGAAGGACGUCCCCCGCUCUGACGCUACAGGAACGUGCUACCUCUCAGCUCAGAAUUUCACCAAGUUUGUGGAGUACGCUCCCUGCCGAACAGAGAUCAGUGAUGCGGUGGGACAGGGCUACUGUCAGGGAGGAUUCAGCGCUGACUUCACAACGGAUGGCAAGGUGGUUUUGGGAGGACCAGGCAGCUACUACUGGCAAGGCCAGAUCAUCUCUGCAGCAAAGGAGGACAUUAUCAAAGCCUACUAUCCAGGUUUUUUCAUGCAGUCUGUGGAGAACCAGAUCCAGACUAAACAGGUCCAGGCUAGAUAUGACGACAGCUACCAAGGCUACUCUGUUGCUGUUGGGGAGUUCAGCGGUGAUCAGACUGAGGAUUAUGUUGCCGGCAUUCCAAAAGGAGUUAAGCUUUACGGUUUGGUGUCCAUUCUGAACGGUACAGAUCUGAAGACUUUGAUUAACUUCACAGGCGAGCAGAUGGGAUCAUAUUUUGGCUAUGCAGUGGCAACAACAGACAUCAACAGUGAUGGGAUGGAUGAUCUGCUGGUGGGAGCUCCCAUGUUCAUGGUGCGAGGCUCUGAUGCCCGUCUGGAAGAGAUGGGCCGGGUCUAUGUUUACCUACAGCAAAACUCCCUGAACUUGACGCUCAGCCUACCUCAUCUGACGGGCACCCAUAUGUUUGGGAGAUUUGGCAGCACCAUUGCACCAUUGGGAGAUCUGAACCAAGAUGGUUAUAAUGAUGUGGCUAUCAGCGCCCCAUUUGGAGGGGAGGAUCGGCAGGGACUGGUCUACAUCUUUAACGGAUACUCCGGAGGUCUCAGGGAAAAGCCGUCUCAGGUGAUAGCUGGCCAGUGGGCUGCUGGGACGAUUCCUGCUAGCUUUGGAUUCUCUCUUAGAGGUGAUAAGGACCUGGACAUGAAUGGAUACCCAGAUCUCAUCGUUGGUGCUUUUGGUGUCAAUAAGGCGGUCCUUUACAGAUCGAGGCCAAUAGUAAACACCAGUGCCUCUCUGACAGUCUACCCCACCAUGAUCAACCCUGAGGAGAAGAACUGCAUGGUGUCAAGUGGAAACAACAGCAUUCCUGUUUCCUGCGUCAACCUGAGUUUCUGCAUAUCUGCAGAUGGGAAGCACCUUCCAGACAUUCUAGAUUUCCAGGUGGAGGUGCAGCUUGAUAACCAGAAGCACAAGCAGAAAGGUGCAGUGAAGAGGGCUUUGUUUUUGGACUCUCAGCAGCCGCUGAUGCAGAGGAGUGUGACGGUGCGGCGUGGACAGCGUAUAUGUAACCACACCAAGAUCUACCUUAGAGAGGAGAAGGAAUUCAGGGAUAAACUUUCCUCCAUUUACGUGGCCUUGAACUUCAGCUUGGAUGAAACAGCAGCAGCAGACAAACACGGCCUGCGGCCCAUCCUCAACUAUCAGACCACCAACGUGAUUGAACAGAAGACUCAGAUUCUGCUGGACUGUGGAGAAGACAACAUCUGUGUCCCUGACUUGAAGCUGGCAGUGCACGGGAACAGGAAGGAAGUCUACAUGGGUGAUGACAACUUGCUGACCUUGACUUUCAACUACAGGAAUGAGGGGGAGGGAGGGGCGUAUGAGUCAGAGCUGUAUAUGGUGCUGCCUCCUGAGGCUGACUACAGCGGUAUCGCUCGCAAUAAUGAGAGCCUGACCAAGCUGAUCUGCGAGUAUGACACAGAGAACCAGACCCGGUACCUGAGCUGUGAUUUGGGCAACCCCAUGAAGCCUGGCACCGAUCUGUGGGCGGGUCUGCACUUUACAGUGCCUUGGCUGAAGGACACACAAAAAACGGUUCAGUUUGAGCUGCAGAUUCGAAGCAAAAAUGAGAAUAAUUCCCACAGCGAGGUUGUCCCCUACAAGCUGGAGGUGGUUGUUCAGGCUGAUGUCAUUCUCCAAGGCGUGUCUCGACCAGAUAAGGUCUUCUUCCCGCCGGCCAACUGGAAGGUGACCAAAACCCAAGAGGUGGAGCAGGACGUCGGGCCUGCGGUGGAGCACAUCUAUGAGCUUGUGAACAACGGGCCCAGCCGGAUCAGCCACACCCACCUUGAACUCCGCUGCCCCCUCAGUGUGCAGGGUCAGACUCUCCUUUACCCUCUGGAGUUUUCCACUGUAGGCCCCAUUAACUGCACGGCCGACAAACACAUGAACCACCUACGCCUCAAACUCCAGCGUACCUCCACAGAUCCACCGAUUCUGGCGCUGAAGGGUCAUGAGCACCGAGUCGAGAAGAGGGACGUCAGCAGGAAUCAACUGGCACAUUUGACUAACCUGUCCUGUUCUAACGCUGAGUGCUGGACACUGCAGUGCAAAGUGGGUCUGCUGGAGAAGGGGACUACAGCUGUCCUGAAAGUUCGAUCCAGCGUCUGGGCCGGGACGUUUAUGGAGAGACCCCAUAAGCAGUAUGUGCUGGAGUGCCUGUCUAGAUUCAGCGUGAAGAAGAUGCCAUACGCCAUCCUGCCCCGACAUUCUCCAAGUGGACACAAAAAGGUGGUGACUACUGUGGUGUGGAACAAGCCUGAUAUUGAGAACUCGGUACCUCUGUGGAUCAUCAUAUUAGCCAUUUUAGCUGGUUUACUGCUCCUGGCUCUCCUAAUAUACGUUCUAUACAAGUUGGGCUUCUUCAAGCGAUCCCUACCGUAUGGCACGGCCAUGGAGAAAGCACAACUCAAACCACAGGCUGCCUCCGAGGCUUAGACGAACUAACAGAACCACAGUACCUGGCCAUAUGAUUGCAAUGGAGAAACUUGAUGGAUGAGCGGAUCAGUAAAGAGAAAGAGAGACCACUGGAACUCCACUGUGCUGCACUAAAGGAAGAAAAUCCAAAGAUCUCCAAGCCAAAUGAAUGUUUUUCUUUUUCUUUUCUUCACUCUUUUUUAAUUUAUGUUUGAUGGCGGGUUGGGAUUGCAACCAUGUAGAACUUCUCUUCAGUGACUCACAUGAAGCUGAACAAGAGGAACAAGAGGCGCAGGCUUCAGUCAGAUGCCUGAUGGGUAUCAUUUUUGUUGCAGAGUCCUGUGCUAGCUUUAUUUUGGUGCUAAUGAUGUGAUGUGUUCUCAUGUAGCUUGUGGCAGCCAGGAGCUGUGAUUUACGCGGCCUGCUGAAGCCUGAAAGUAUUCGUCCGGUUUCGAAGGUCGCAGAUGGAAAUGCUAACUUAGCCAAAGCAGAAAAAGCCUACAUUUUAAAGCCAAUAAUUUUAACGUUUUGCAGUUUGAUUCCUGAUUUUUUUUGAGGGGCUUCUUUCAUUCUUGUCCUGAAUUGUACUGGGAUACGCUAACCCAGUAACCUGCAACCCAUAACUGGGAUAAACAGGCGCCGAAAACACAUGGAUGGAUGUCUCUCUCUCUGCCUCAGGUCGGUGGACAGCGCUGGGUUGUUUUUUGCACUCAAAGGAAAUCUACUGAUGUAAAUCCAAAGACACCUGAGACUGACUGACUUUUCCUUCCUUUGAGUUCUUAUUUUGACUCCUACUGAUGAAUUCUUGGAACACUUUGUCCUGUUUUGCUCAUGUUCAGAGUUACAAAUGUAAGUCGACUGGGAUGGGACUGGAACCACCGCUGCAGACCUGUGGAACCUCACGUUAGGCCUGAAGCAGUGUGGAGAGUGGUGUUCUUUUAGAGAAUAUUUUGCUGUUUUUUACUCCUAUAUUUGGAAACCAUGUGCAAGCAAAUGACUUUUACGAGAAGCCACAGCCAUGGUGUUAUGAAGUCUUGAUCCAAAGAUGAGACAAUCAGCUGUUUUGUAGCCUUUACAGAGAAUUUUAAUCUUAGUUUAGUGUGAAUGAUCCAUUUUGGACUCACAGUGUGCAUUACUGUGAGAAACUGUACCCUCAAUUAGCAUUGAGUUUAAAAACAUCCUUUUUUAGCAACUAAAUCCCACUUCAAAAGGCUACAGGGACUGAACAUUUAAAAGUUUUGUACAUAGACUUUAUGUGCCUUAAUGUAAAUAAUGUCUGUGGGUAAGAGUAAGGACUGAGUGUGCUACAUGCAUUUGUGUGAAUGGUAUAUUUAUGAAUGUUUGUUUCUGUAUGAAUCGGGUUUUUAGCUUUCCCACUGCUUAGUCCUGUUUGUCCCGAUCACCUCUGUAGCUGCAGAUUAUUGAGGUUCAGCCAUUUCUGCAUCAUCAAAAUCAAGAUUCAGGUUAAAUUUUAAAAUCCUCAUGACCUCAAAGGAACAUAUUUAGAAGACAAUAAGGCUGCCGUCCGGAUUUAAGCGUCCAACAGGACGUUUUAUACCUCUGACAAAGGGAUAACAACUAGGCACUGGGAACUCGAUGUUGUUUGGAAGUGCAAUAUUUAUAGUCACUCUUUUUUAUUUCAGUGCUUUCUUUUGUUUUAUAUUGAAAAACCAGAACAUUUUGAGUCCAUCCUUUGUGAGGUUCUGGCUUUUCUCAUUCACUCAGUUUUCUCACGCUGUGUGCAUUUUUUCCUCCACACAUCUUCUCACCACUAGUGUAAUGGUAGAAUUUCAACUUUGAUAUAAUGAUUGAUAAAAUUAAACUACAUUGAUUCCUGCUUCAAUACCACUGCAGCAAAAAUAGAUUGAUAAUUUGGGCUAAUUUCCAAUAAUCAAAAAUUGCCCCUUUGUCAACCUCCUUCUUGGCCCCUCCCCAUUUGAAACAAAUGAAAAUAGCCCUUGAUUUGACUAACUUAUUUAUGGUAAAUUGAUUUGAUUAUUUUAUAAACUUUACCUCGUUGAAAGAUGAGAGAAUAACUCUGUUAACUGUCCUCCCUUGGUUGCCAGCUGCCUUGACUCUGCUAGCCUCUCAGCUCAAUGAGAGAUCAUUUUUGGAGCCAGCGUCCUCAAAUAUCUUCUAAAUCAGUGGUUCUCAACUGGUCCGGCCUCAGGACCCACCAGACUGUCUUACAGGAAAUCGUUACCCAAGUUUCCAAAAACUGAUUUAGUUUAUUGAAUAUGCUGCAGUCUGGAGCACGAUUGGACCAAAAUACAUGAUAUGAAGAAGAAAAGGGCCAAAACAGACAAACUUUUAAGCCCUCUUUCCCUAUAUUUAUGUGUACGUUUUUGCCAGUUUUCCAGAGAUCUUGAGAAAUUUCAUAAUUAUCAUGGGAAAGAUAACCUUUUUAUUGCAAGCAAAUGAUAUAAAUUAGUUAAAAUUUUGAUGAAACAUUUAAAUUUACCCAAUUUCACAGAAAAGGGGGUAAAAUAAAAGGUAUCAAUGCAUGUCCACUUUGGACCUCAGGACUUCUUGGGACUAUUUUGUUUUUCAGACACCUAGUCGUGACCCACUGAAAACUGCUCCGUGACCCACUUUUGGGUCCAGACCCACCAGUUGAGAACCACUGCUCUAAAUAUUGUCAACAGAGCUGCCAGUACCCUGGUGUUCAAUGCACAGCAAGACAUUCAGUAACAUCAAUUAGUGCUUAACCAGCAGCUUUAGGCAUGGGAAAUAUCUCGAAAUAUUAAAGUAAGUCAAAUCAUGAUACUUUCAGUUGUUUUAGAUGGUGAAGAAACCAGUGAGUAGAGUUUUUCCUAACCUGGUGAUACGAACCAGUAAGGGAGAGGGCAUUCUGAUUGGUGUAGAGUACUGCAGCAAAGCGCUGGAAAUGCUGGACGGCGGGGAGCACUUGGCCUAGUGAUGGGGUCGGGGCCCACGUACACAGGGCGCAUGUUCAAGUCUGGCCUUAGGCUCCUUAAUCACAUGUCAUUCUCCACUCUCUUAUCCGUGUUUCCAGCUCUUUCCACUUUCUCUAAUGAAAGCAAAAAAGCCCAAAAUUAAAUCUUAAAAAAAGAGCAGGAAUAAAACACAGGACUAUAUUGGAUUUGUAUUGAAAUGAUAUUGAAAAUUAGUGCUGCCAGUGCAAAAAAACACAGCUGUGAUCAGAGGCGUGUUGUUAUUAUAAAGCGUUAUCAAAAAUCAUUUUAUAAUGGAUGUUGAUGGGAUCUUUUAUGUCUUUAUAGUGUCAGGGCAGUUUCUGAGUACUCAGAUUACCACAUGCAUAUAACAACAGAUGAGGUCCAAAGUCCUAAAUGUUUUAAGAAGAACUGAAAGCUUUGCAAAAUUACAAACCAUUAGGAUUCAAAUUGGACAGAAUAUCUUAAAACCAAUUAGACUGAAUUGAUUUUAAAAACUGUGGUAUUGAAAAGAAUCAAUGUAUAAAACCCAUUACUACUUUGCUCCUUCACUUUCUGAGCUUCUCCAUACCACAGGCUGACACAGAAAGCAAACACAGCAGAACAUAUCGCAGUUGAACUCUGGUAUGUUGAAAUGGAUGUGUAAUUUAUGCGCUCUGCUGCUGCACCUGUCCAAACACCAACAUGAUACUGAGCAUGUGUUUUACAUUUGUUUGCCUCAUCACACUCUUCCUAUUACAAAGUGAUUUACUAUUCAUCAAACGGUCCGCAAAAUCCCCGUUUGGUUUUUCAUUUAACACUUUUAACAUCACGUUUGUCAUUUUUUAAAACUAAACAUGUCAGCCCAUUAUUUAUAAUGACAGGGGAUCAUUUUACUACUUCCUCCAUGUUCCAUCAGGAGAAGGCACUGGUUUUUCUUUUUUUAUUUCUAACAUGUGUAAGCCCAUUUUCACUCUCCGGGACUUCCUUUAAAGAAGUUGUACAUAUUCAUAACGAGGAGAGUAUUUUUGAAUUCAAAGGAAAAACUGAUUUGUUGUGAAUUUUUCUCACCCCAUAUUGGGGGGAACGUUUUGUCAAGGGGGGAGGUCAUUUUUUAAUCUGUUAUUGUUUGUACUUUAAAUAAAAUAUUUCCGUUUUUACAAA